AUGGCCCAGUUACAAGAAUUUCUGUGCCACUGCAAUAUCACAACAUGCUGCGGCCUGCCCAGCAAGGCCGUGGAGUGGUUCGAGAAGAUGCCGGAGUUCGGGCGCUCCCCGGACAUGCUCACGUACUCCGCGGUGAUCGACGCGUACGGCCGCGCCGGGAACGCCGAGGCGGCCCUCCGCUUGUACGACCGCGCCCGCUCGGAGAAAUGGCAGCUCGACCCUGUGAUCUGCUCGACGGUGAUCAAGGUACACUCGACCACCGGCAACUUCGACGGUGCACUCAACGUGUUCGAGGAAAUGAAGGCGGCCGGGGUGAAGCCAAGCCUUGUCGUGUACAACACAAUGUUGGACGCCAUGGGCCGUGCAAUGCGACCAUGGGUGGUGAAGACUAUACACCGAGAGCUGGUUGAUCAGCAGGUGCAGCCCAGCAGGGCGACAUACUGUUGUCUUCUGCACGCUUACACCAGGGCGCGCUAUGGUGAGGACUCCAUGGCUGUGUACCGGCUGAUGAAGGGCGAGGUGAUGGACAUCGAUGGGUACAGCGUGAACUUGGACUCUAUGGUCUUAAGCCAGCUGUCGGCCUCCAACGGCUCGUCGGCCUUGUGA